UUUUGGAAUAAUGGGCUAAGGAGAAAAUAAUUUAAUUGCACUCUCAGUUAGUUUCUUGGCCGCAAAUUUACAUUGCUUAUUAAUUCAAUCAUGCUGCCAGGUGUUGGUGUAUUUGGAACUGGUGCAAUAACAAAAGUUCUGGUGCCGAUUUUACGUGAAAAAGGCUUUGAAAUAAAAGCCAUCUGGGGUCGUACACUGCGUGAAAGUGAGGAUGUGGCCACCUCCCUAAAUAUUUCAUUUUACACCAACAAAAUCGAUGAUGUUCUGCUGCGAAAGGAUGUGGAUUUGGUGUUUAUUGUAUGCCAACCAUAUUUACACGCCGAAAUAUCAGUGAAGGCCUUGGGCAUUGGAAAACAUGUAGUUUGUGACAAACCGAUGGGGCUCAAUCAGUCCGAUGCCAUGAAAAUGGUACGUGCUUCGCAAUAUUAUCCUACAUUGAUAUCAUUGGUAAACCAUUCCCUGCGUUUUCUGCCUGCAUUCACUCACAUGAAACGCUGCCUUACGGAGGGGUUGAUUGGUCCACUCAAUGAAAUAUCUUUAGUGGAUGUGAGAGUACAACUGGGCAGUUUGUUCCCCGAAAAAUUCGACUGGAUGUGUGAUGCGGCCAUGGGAGGUGGAGCUUUGAAUUUGGUCGGUAGCCAUGUUGUGGAUUUGGUUAGCUUUCUGCUACAUCAACAUGCUGUCCGAGUACAUGGCGUUGUAAAGGCCUACACCAAGACUACCAAUAAUGUCAAUGGCAUACGUCAAAUAUCUGCCCCGGACUUUUGCAAUUUUCAAAUGGAACUUGCCAAUGGUACACUCAUCACCACAUCAAUUCACAGUCACACCGUGCCAGCGAAAACAUUUUCACAAGAAGUUCUCAUUUGCGGUUCCCAGGGUCAUUUGGUGGUUAGAGGUGGCGAUUUAUUUAUAUUCAAAAAUAAAACAGAUCCAUCACAGACCGCAAAGGAAGAAGCCGUGUAUGUUGAUGUGCAAGAUUUACAUUUUGCGACGUCAGACUCGUUGUUGCCGCGUCUCUACAUUAAGGGUUUGUGCAAAAUGAUUGGUGCCCUAAAGGAAUCGUUUGCAGUCAAGGAAUCUUCAUGGGUUAAGGAACCCGUACAAGCGGCUGCCACAUUUGAGGAUGGUCUAUAUGUUCAGGCAGUCUUAGAGGCUGUGCGAAAAUCAAGUGAAACCAAAUCAUGGCAGCGGGUACAAAUUACAUCUGACACUCCUUCAAAUCAUGAUCAAAUAAUGCGCUUUGCCCGUAUGUCUACCAUGUAAAAGGGUGGAUUUUCAAGGUCGAAGUACUAUGAAAGUAUAUAAAAUUACCUUGGUUAUAGUAUUCUCUGCUUUAUAUGUGUAUUGUUAAGUAUAUUCCCUAUUCCUCAUUUUGUACCCAUUUAUUUUAUUUAUUAUAUGUAUGCUGUAUGGAAAUGAAACAUACUUUUAAAAUCUAGUAAAACUUUUGCAUUUUAUAAGUUAAA